UUAAUCAUGAAUAAAAACGAUUUCAUCAGGAAACAGUAGUAGCCUUAUAUAAAUUGGAAACCCAAUGAUAAAACAUUAUAUAGUGUUGUUUCAAGUGGAAGCGAGCGAAAAUUAUGCAGGUUCAAUUCUUAAUAGUAUUUUGUCUUGCAGCUGUUAGAUGUCAGGCGACAGAAUCAGUUCUGGGUUUGUUUCCAGAAUUCAAUAAAGUUCAAGAGAAGAUGGGUGUUCUUCAAAGGGAUACUGGUGUCCUUCAAAAGGAGAAUGGUGUCCUUCAAAGGAGGAUUGAUGCCCUGGAAAAAGAAAAUAAAGUUCUGAAAGCACAAAUUGGUACUAAAGAAUUUGGUAGAUUCAACCUUGCAUACAAGAAGAACUGUGGACAAAGUUCUACUUAUUUAGAAGCAUGUAGCCACGCUGUUGAUGGGAACGUAGUAACCUUUUCUCACACAGGACAUACCGGUUUCAGGAAUGGAGUUAACUAUGGAACGAGCAAACCAUCUUGGUGGGUCGACUUAGGAAACACUUACAAAAUCCGCCGUGUUGAAGUCUACAACAGAUUGUCCUCUGGACAUAGACUUUACAACUUGGAUGUUACUGCUGGAAAGUCUUUGUCAGGAAUGAGUUUGUGUGGUCAUUACAAAGGAAGGGCUACAAAUGGGGAACUUGUCAUUCUUGUCUGUAGGCAGCCAAUUGAGGCUCGUUAUGUCAAACUACAGAUUAUGGAGGCGAACUCUGCAGAUAACUAUCUGCAGUUAGCUGAGGUCGAAGUAUAUGAAUGACUCCGUCUUAUAAAAUAAAAUGUUAUUGCAGAAUACGUCA